AUGGCCGAUUGCGCGACGUCGAAUUCAUGGUUUAUGAGUGAAAAAAAUGUCCCGUGGCACGUGGCACCGGUGGUCGGUGCUCUUGCUGCUCCUGCUGGCCACGCGUUCCUCUCCGUGCACAGCCAGUGCGGAUCGUACGCCCAGGACCGGCAGGAGAAGCAGGACAAGCAGGACAAGCUGGCGCUCUACAAGAUCACCCUAAGGACCUACUGGUCCAGGGCGCGUUUCCCGCGACAUUAUCCGGAGUGGAAGCCGCCGGCGCAGUUCGGCAAACUCAUCGGUCGAACGCACGACUCGGUUUACACUCUGUAUAGAUUGGGCGAGAGAUUGUCUACGGGCGCGAGAUUAUACGUGGAAACCGGAAGAGCCGAUGGCUUGGACACGGACGGGGACUCGCCGAACAGUCUGCAUUCCUUCACAGGCCCGCCGAUUCCUCAAGGCGAAGGCACGAGCAUCACUCGAGCCUUCUUGGACGGCAAUCACACUCUGAUUAGCAUUAUGGCACGCAUCAAUCCCAGUCCCGAUUGGUUCGUUGGCGUGGAUUCCUUCCAACUGUGCGUCGAGGGCAAUUGGGUCGAUACCGUUACCGUGGAGCUCGACCCACUAGAUGGGGGCACGGAUAACGGCUUCACAUUCACGGCUGCCAACUGGCCGACGCAGCCCCAAGGAAUCGCUUACAGGAUCACAUCCCGAUAUCCGGCACAUCCCGCGGGAAGCUUCUAUUAUCCGAAUCUACCUCGUCUACCGCCGAUAGCUACCCUCACAUUCACCAAGCUGCGCGAGUACACUCUGACCGAAUCGUAUCACGAAGACGACGUCGAGGUGGAAUUCGUCAGCAACGACAAUCUGCAAGCGAACAGCGAAGCUCCCAGGGGAAUCGAUCCGAACAGGGACCUAAACGAGGCCAUAGCCGAGGAACGGAGGGAAAUGGACACCCAGAGAUACAGAUACUGGAGCACGACCGGAAGCGGUCAGCAAGCCGUGACAGACGUCCCGCGGGACAAUAAAGCCGCAAUCAUCAACAGCAUCGCUUCGUCGUACGCGUGGCAGAGGCCGAGAUACACUGCGACCCCGUUACCACGUACUUCGAAGAUCGCUAUCGCCGCCGAUGGUAAAACGCGAUACAGCGAAACAGGAAAAUCCGACUGGCCGUACUAUCAGACGUACAGGCAAACGGCGGAAGCGCAAAAGGCACAGAUCUACGAGGACAUUCAAAGGAAGAUGCUCAACGUGUCGAGCGUAUCGAGUAUGGGUUACUCGUUCGUAAACAACAUGACCAACCUGGCGGAUCAGCGCCAGCACAGACUCAGGAUGAAGCAUCACGGAUUGACAUCCAAGGGCAAACGAGUUAGAACACGUGCACCGAGAGAUUGCAAGGUCGGCGAAUGGGGUCCGUGGAGCGCGUGCAGUCGCAGCUGCGGGGUGGGCGAAACCCAGAGGACGAGGAAAGUCACGAUAAAGCCGCGCCGGGGCGGCGCACCGUGUCCGCCGCUGAAGGAGACCAAGUGGUGCGGUAGCGUCAAUCCGUGCUCGGAGAGUAAGGCGAUCAUCGACUACCAUUGGUAGUCAUCGUCCGCGUCGGUUCCCCUCCACGAACACGUGUACCAAAGUGACUCGCUCACGGACAAAAGGUCGUACAGGCAUGCGGGCGAGGCGAGCGAGGAGCGAUUUAUGCGAGAAACGCACGCGCCGGGACGUGUGCGAUUGUAAUGUGAGAAAUUCGAUUAACCGAGAAUAAUAAGCCGGAGAAGAAUAUCUUUUGUAUCGACGGUCACGCAACGACACGACUAGGGAUAUACUUAUGAGCUACGAAUUACAGCAACCGUUCUCUGUGUGUGAUUUGACAAUAUAUAUUACACAAAAAAUUCGUAAACGGUAUCUCUGAUAUUCUAAGAUAAAAGGCAUGUAUAAUAAUUCCGACGAUUGUUUGUAAUGAUCAUGCACGACGUAAUCCCGAUGACGUGUGAAAUCCCUAACAAUUAAGUCUUGCUUACUAUUACAACGAGUGGCUGUGAUGAGGGCUUAAAGAGUCGCGUAAUCAAAUCAUAUUUUUUAAUACGAUCGGUAUUUCCAUUCGUUAUGCAAUCUCGAACGACCGGAAAAACAUUAUCAUUCAGUGGCUUCAUUCUGCUCGAUUGCAUUUAUCGUCGUUUGAUGUCACACGUUCAUUGUACGAUAUAUACACAUUGUCCAAACAAUGAAAACACAAGUUUUAUCAAAGAGAAAUUCGAAAAGCUGACUCGUGUCGUAUCACAUUUCCGCGUGUAUCGCUAAAAUGCGUUGGAGGCUCGAUUUUCACUCGUCAGAGUGCAAAACAUUUAAAUUUUUUUUUUUUGUUUUCGGAGUAAUUGAACAAUCGGUGCGGUUUGUCGAAUUUGUUAUGACGGGGUUACGGUAAAACUAUCGUGCAAAAAAAAAAUAUAUGUCUAUUUGAAGUAUCUGUCUAGAGCAAAAAGUAUCUUGCUAAUGCAAAUUGAAGAAAAGCGCGAAAGCUUAUAACGUUUCCACUGCAAAUAAUAUCUCGCGAUGUCACGGCAGAUAAAGUCAACUGUUCAGUAUUUGCAUCUCAGUUACAACUGCUAAAGAUCGUAGAUUCUCUUAAUUUAGAUGUUAGUUUAACGAAUCGCCGUCGUAAAUUAAAUUAAUUCCCGAUUUUCCCGCGCGCGAAAGGCGAGUUUAACGACCGUCGGGACGUGGUAAUAACACGUCUCGGUCUUCGCACGCGAUCAAAAGAAGAAAUAAACCUUGGCAUAAUUGGAAAAUUGGCCCGACUUUCCGGAAGAAAAACGUUAGGUGCAAUUAAGCUGACAGUUUAAUCGCCGGUACAAAUGACGGACCGCGGUGCGAGCGCGGUGAUCGGCGGGCUACACGCUCAGGUGCGAGAAUUCCGCGAUGAAAUUCAACCGUCGCGUGCCGCUCCGGAGUCUCGCCGAGAUUAAGCCGGCGUUCCCGAACGUAGUACGUUACUUAGAGCGAAGUUUUUAUCGACUCGCUAUUUCUCCCGCGAAACGGAAAUAGUACAAGCGUACAAGAUUCGCAAUGGCGUAGAUGGAAACCCUUGUCAAAUAAAGCAAAUAGAGUUAAUAAUGAAGUUAAUAUCUAAAUGAAGUCUGUGUGAAUUUAACAAAUCCAGUCCAAGUUAUUGUAUUCACAUUACUCAAUUCUGUACUUGUGAAGCUCUACGCUUUGCCGUCUUUUCACUACUGCUUUACUUCCAGGGAAUUUCAUUCUCGAGAGAAUUCGCGAAAUACGCUUGCACAUAGCAAUUUCGAAACGUCGUGCAAUGAUCGAAAAAGUCAAAAUAUUUCGCGCGAAGAGCGUAAGAUCGGCGCCCGCGUUGGCCGUAUCGGAUAAAUGUCAGGACGAUUUUCAGCGCGGGAUGCGCACUCGCAUAGAAUUCGAGACAAGGUCGCGUGGGCGUUUUUCGCAAAGCGUCUCCUCGCUCGACGACGCCGACGAAGGAUACAGGAGAAUAAAGGAGGAACCUAUAGAGCGGGUUCUGUAAACGUUUUCUUUUCUCCACUGUCACCGAGAGGGAUACCGUCUCUCCCUUCUCUUUUCCUCUGUCUAUCUCCCUCUCUUUCUCUCUCUCCUUCUCUCUCUCUCUC